CCGUCGCCGCGUUUCUCUAUCGCUACUCCAGGACUAUCUCCACCCGGGCUUGUGUCUACACAAUCACGGAACGAUUUACGCUGAACACGACUUCAAAACACCCGUCUGUCUCUCACCAUGACCGACCGCGAUCCAGAGAAGGCGAUCCCUGCGCAGAGCAGCAGCUCUCCCGCCGCAUCAACCUAUUCGAACGAAAAGAGUCGCAUUUCCGAGGUCGAACGUGCCUCGGCAAAGGAGGGCGAUGCGGCGUUGCACACAGACGUGUACAACGCGCACGUCGAUGUGAGCGGGGUGGACGAAAAGAAGCUUCUACGGAAGCUAGACUGGUACUUGGUGCCGUGGCUGUCGUUCCUGUAUCUGCUGAGCUUCUUGGACCGCACGAGUAUCGGAAAUGCUAAGCUGUAUCACAUGGAGGCGGAUUUGCACAUUACAGAUCAGCAGUACUUGAUCGCGCUCACGAUAUUCUUCUUCUCGUACGCGAUAUUUGAGGUGCCGUCAAACGUCUUCCUGAAACGUCUGCGCCCGUCAAUAUGGCUUUCACUGCUCAUGUUCUUGUGGGGCAUCAUGAUGACAGUACAAGGUCUGGUACAUAAUUACGGCGGCCUACUAGGAAUGCGAUGGCUGCUCGGCAUGUUCGAAGCCGGUCUGUUCCCAGGCGUGAACUACUAUCUCUCGUGUUGGUACAAGCGGUCUGAGUUCGGCAUCCGCGCCGCUCUAUUCUUCUCUGCCGCCACGGUCUCCGGCGCGUUCGGUGGCCUUCUUGCGGCGGCGAUCUCGAACAUGGACGGCAUCGCGGGCAAACCAGCGUGGGCAUGGAUCUUCAUCAUCGAGGGCCUUGUCACAGUAGUCGCGGGCGCGAUGUCGUUCUUCAUCAUACAGGACUUCCCUGACACGGCGAAGUUCCUAACCGAAGCGGAGCGCACCGUCGUCGUGCGCCGGCUGCAGUCCGACGACCAGUUUAGCGCGGCGGGCGAGAGCCUCAGGUGGCACUACAUCUGGAAGAGUGUUCUGGAUUACAAGACUUGGAUUGGGAUGCUGCUGUAUAUGGGCGCUGACGGGCCGCUGUACGCGUUCUCGCUCUUCCUGCCCAGCAUCAUCAACCAGCUUGGGUUCAAGGCGACGCCUGCCAACCUGCUGAGCGUGCCGGUCUACGCCGUGGCGUGUAUCCUCACUUGCGUGAUCGGAUUCUACGCGGACAAGUACGGCAACCGGGGGUACCUCACCAUGUUCUCGUUGUCCAUUGGACUGGUGGGCUACAUUAUUCUCAUCGCGUCGCGCAACGCGACGCUGUCGUACGUCGCUGUGUACCUCGCCGCGUGCGGGAUCUAUCCCAGCAUCCCGAACAUCAUCGCGUGGGUGUCGAACAACGUCGAGGGCUCGUACAAGCGUAGCGUGACGAUCGCCAUGGUCAUCUCUUUUGGGAACAUUAACGGGGCCGUCUCGUCCAACGUCUACCGCGCCCGCGACGCGCCGUGGUACAGGCUCGGACACGGGAUUGUGCUGAUGUACAUCGCGAUCGGGCUCGUCAUGGCUAUCGUCUACCACCUCUGCCUGCGGCGGGAGAACGCAAAGCGCGAGCGGGGCGAGCGCGACGAGAUCAUCAAGGGCGUCAACGACGGCCGGACGGAGCUCGCGAAGAACGGGACGUACGCGAGCGUCACGGAUGCGAAGCGCGACAAGGGCGACGAGUGGAGCGGGUAUCGCUACACGCUAUAGUGGCUGCGUGUCGGGUUUGUGGUUGGGUGCACGGAUCGUUGCAUAUGGGGCGCCGUGAUGACGACCUGACGAUCCUGACAUGUACAUGUAUCUUACGAUAG